AUGCCGUUCGACUUAAAGAACGCUGGGGCCACUUACCAGCAUCUUAUAAACAAAGUAUUCAGGUGGCAGAUCGGGCGCAAUAUGGAGGUAUAUGUAGACGAUAUAUUGAUUAAAUCACUCCGAGUUGCCGAUCUCUGUGCAGAUAUAAAGGAGACCUGCCAUACGCUCCGGACGUACGGAAUCAAACUCAACCCCCAAAAAUAUCUGUUCGGCGCCAAGAGCGGACAUCUCCUGGGGUACAUUGUGACCAAGCGGGGCAUUGAGGCUAAUCCCAGUAAGGUGAAAGCGCUACAAGAUAUGCUACCACCAAGAAACCUGAGGGAAGCACAGCGUCUUACCGACCGGAUAAAAACUUUAUCAAAGUUCAUUUCAAAGUCUGUCGACCAGAGCCUACCGUUUUUCAAGAUCCUGCGCCGAGCCACGAAGUUCCAAUGGGACGAGGAGUGCGAUCGGGCGUUCGAGGAGCUCAAAGCCUAUCUUAACUCCUUACCAGUGCUAGCCAAGCCAAUAACUGACGCUGAAUCUCGCUACACUGGUCUCGAGAAACUCACCUUUGCACUGGUGCUCGCCGCUCGGAGGCUCCGUUCGUAUUUUCUCGCGCAUACCAUCAUAGUAAUGACCAAUAGCCCGUUGAGCAGGAUCCUCCUCAAUCCAGAAGCAUCAGGGCGGAUGAUCAAGUGGACCACAGAGCUCAGUGAGUUUAAUAUUCAAUAUCAGCCCCGGACAGCCAUAAAGGCACAAUCUCUGGCAAACUUCGUCAUCGAAGUGCAAGACCCCCAGCCUGAAGUCACCUGGAAGGUGUACGUGGAUGGGUCUUCCACCCAGCAAGGGAGUGGGGUGGGAAUACUACUUAUCUCUCCCAAAGAGGAGCGGAUGCAGCUGUCUAUUCGGCUGGACUACCGAGCAACUAACAAUGAGGCCGAGUACGAGGCUCUCAUAGCUAGGCUGCAAACUGCUCGGCACAUAGGCGCCAUCAAAGUUCUAAUUCAUUCGGACUCACAGUUAGCCGCCCAGCAGCUCUCUGGAACGUUCGAGAUCAAUAGCGCUUGGCUCAGGCUCUACGCCGAGGCCUUCCAAAAGUUGAGAGCCAAUUUCCAAGAGGUGGUUAUAAAGAAGGUUCCCCGAGCGGAGAAUCAAGCGGCGGAUGAAUUGGCGAAACUAGCCAGCUCCAUAUACCCAGUCAUCAAUCAGCAGCCGAUCGAUCAUGUGUCCCUUGUGGCCCAUAUCGACCGGAUAGAGGGACUCACCUUUCCCAGUGACUGGAGAGUGGCGCUGAUAAAGUUUCUGCGAGCGGGAGCUACGCCUUCUGAUCGGGGGGAGGCUCACCUGCUGAGAAGGCGAGCGAGCAGAUUAACAUUAAUUGGAGACCAGAUGUAUAAGAAAGCUUUCUCCCGACCGCUUCUCAAAUGCGUUGGGCCGAAGACAUCGAAUACAUACUGCAUGUGGUACACCAAGGCUCCUGUGGGGGACAUCCGGGUGGUCGUUCGCUAG